AUGACAAAGCAAGAAUGGAAAAACAAAACCACUGUGACAGAGUUCAUCCUCCUGGGAUUUGGGAAUGGCCCUGAAACGGAGUCUCUUUUCUUCCUGGUGUUUCUCUCCAUCUACAUUGCAACCAUAACUGGGAACACCUCCAUCAUUGUGCUGACAGUGGCCCAUCGGCGCCUCCACACCCCCAUGUACUUCUUCCUGGGCAAUUUGGCCUGCUUAGAGAUUUGCUACAGCUCCAAUAUCUUGCCCAGGUUGUUGCUUAGCUAUCUGGGUGGAGACAGAAGCAUUUCAGUCAGAGGGUGUAUCACACAGUACUAUUUCUUUGGCUGCCUGGCAGCUGCAGAGUGCUAUCUCCUUGCAGCGAUGUCCUAUGACCGCUACCUGGCGGUCUGCAGACCCCUGCACUACCCCUCCCACAUGGGCAGGAAGCUCUGUCUCCAGCUGGCUGCUGCAUCCUGGAUAAGUGGCUUUCUCUCUAAUUCUCUCCUCACCUUCCUGAUCACAAAUUUAGAUUUCUGUGGGCCUAAUGAAAUUGAACAUUUUUUCUGUGACUCGUUCCCCAUGAUGAAACUCUCCUGCAGUGACACUCGAGUCACGGGGCUUGUCACUUCUGUCGUGGCAGGUGUGUGCUCACUGCCCCCCUUUCUGCUGACCUUCUCCUCCUAUUUCUGCAUCAUCACCACGGUCAUGAGAAUUCCUUCUGCCACUGGAAGGAAAAAGACCUUUUCCACAUGCUCCUCACAUCUGGUUGUGGUGAUUCUCUUUUACUGGUCAAUAUUAGUUGUCUAUGUUCUUCCUCAUCAAGAUACCCAAGUAUCUCCAAGCAAAGUCUUUUCUGUUUUUUACACCAUCCUUACUCCCUUGGUCAAUCCUCUGAUCUACAGUCUGAGAAACAAAGAAGUGAAGGAAGCUCUGAGAAAGCAGGCAAGUAAAUUGAUGGCUUUCAGAGGGUUGCUUUCUGUUAAAAAAGGGGGUAAUAAUCCUCAAUGA